UGUCCCACCUGAGCCAACCAAAACCUGUGUGUGUCCCCCCCCCCCCCCCCCCCCCCUCCCCCCCAAUGAUUUGAAAGUUAAUAAAAGUGGCUUUCUGAGGACCACAGAGCACUACUACAGGAACACCUCUCCUCAUGCCAAACAGCAAGACGGCCAUGCCUGUGCCCAAGAAAGCCGGGAGAAAAGGCGGCAGCGCUCAAGAAGAAAAGCUGCCCCCGUAUGAGCCAAACAUCCCCGAACCGACCACCAGGGCUGACUUCAUGAAAUACUGGUUCCCCCUCUCUCUGGAUGAUAAAACGGCUCAGAAGCUGUUGUGGAUUUCGGAGGGCAGCUCCAAGGCCGCCCGGACGUCCGACGCCGUCUGCCCGUAUCCCAACAGACCCGAGAGAUACGAGCACUCCCCACAGGUGCUGAGUAAGGAGGCCCUGCUGGGCUUCCGGGGCUACUGGGAGGUGGACUUCGACGGCUGGGUGGUGAUCGGGGUGGUCCUGGAGAGCUCCCCCCGGAAGGGCCAGGAGGUGCCCUGCGGCCUGGGGGAGAACGGCAGCUCCUGGGGGGCCGGCUGGUCGGGCUCCUGCUACCAGGUGUGGCACAACAGCGAGCACGUGGAGGUCCAGCUGCCCCUGACCUCCACCAUGGGCGUCUACGUGGACCAGCCCGCCGGCGUCAUCACGUUCCUCCUGGUGGAGGGCGAGGCCCAGAAGGAGGUGCGGCUGAUCCACAAAUUCAAGGCCAGCCUGGAGGAAAAAGUCUUCCCCGCCUUCUGGAUCGGCGCAAAUUCCUUCUGCCUCAUUCGUAAAAACGACCAGUGACCGGGGGAGGAGGGUCAGCCCACAGAGGGGUGAAAAGAGGGGAACAAGUGAGCCUGUUGUGUAGAUUCUGUCUGCUUUCUGUGAACGCCUACCAGAAGCUUAGGGACUGUUUCGCCGAGGGUGUUCAGAAAUGGAAACUUCCGGCAGAAAUCGGGCCGAUCUUUGUGUCUUUUACUGUAAGCAGAAAGUGAUUUUAGCAUGUUUUUUAUGUGCUAAAUUAUGUCAAUAAAUUCUGUGUC